GGAGGACCAGCGAGGGGCUGUUUGUGGAGCCGGCGGGCGGGCCGUUUGUCUCUCCUUCCUGCGCCUCUUUGGUGCUGGGAGGCGGGCCGCAGGGUAGCUGUCGGCGCCGCCGCCUUUCUGGGCCUGGCCGACUCACGUGACCGACGCGGGCUCUGAAGCGCUGAGCCGCACCGAGGCGGCGGCGGCGGCGGCGGCGACUGCAGCUCGGGAGGUAGCGGCCUGGCGAGGGACGGGCCGGCUGCCCUCUCGGACGGCCGCGGCGGAGGACAAAAAUGGCGGAGGCUUCGGCGGCCGGGGCGGACUCGGGCGCCGCUGUAGCCGCCCACCGGUUUUUCUGCCACUUUUGCAAGGGCGAGGUCAGCCCCAAACUACCGGAAUAUAUAUGUCCCAGAUGUGAAUCAGGCUUUAUUGAAGAAGUGACAGAUGAUUCCAGUUUUUUAGGUGGUGGCGGCAGUCGGAUAGACAAUAGCACAACAACACAUUUUGCAGAGCUUUGGGGCCAUUUGGAUCACACGAUGUUUUUUCAAGAUUUUAGACCAUUUCUAAGUAGCAGUCCACUGGACCAAGAUAAUAGAGCCAAUGAAAGGGGUCACCAGACUCACACUGACUUCUGGGGAGCAAGACCUCCACGGUUGCCAUUGGGUCGGAGAUACAGAUCUCGAGGAAGUUCUCGUCCUGACAGAUCUCCAGCUAUUGAAGGAAUACUACAACACAUCUUUGCAGGAUUCUUUGCAAAUUCUGCCAUUCCUGGAUCUCCACACCCUUUUUCCUGGAGCGGGAUGCUGCACUCCAACCCUGGGGACUAUGCCUGGGGUCAGACAGGGCUUGAUGCCAUUGUAACCCAGCUUUUAGGACAACUGGAAAACACAGGCCCUCCCCCAGCUGACAAGGAAAAGAUCACAUCUCUUCCAACAGUGACAGUAACUCAGGAACAAGUUGAUAUGGGUUUAGAGUGUCCAGUAUGCAAAGAAGAUUACACAGUUGAAGAGGAAGUCCGGCAGUUACCUUGCAAUCACUUCUUUCACAGCAGUUGUAUUGUGCCGUGGCUAGAACUGCAUGACACAUGUCCUGUAUGUAGGAAGAGCUUAAAUGGUGAGGACUCUACUCGGCAAAGCCAGAGCAAUGAGGCCUCUGCAAGCAACAGAUUUAGCAAUGACAGUCAGCUACAUGACCGAUGGACUUUCUGAAGCUAAAGACCACACCUGAAUCAGGGCUGUGGUAAUCAUCUUACCAUAGCUGUAAAUUGUAUGAAAACAAAAAAUUAGUAGAUGGAUUUAGGAAUCAUGUAAGAAACUCAACACAUAAUAUAAAUGCAAUGAAUGUUUUUCUUCUUUAAAUUUAAAGUUAGUAUCUACAGAUGGAGUUGUAUCUACAACCAAAUGCCUCUUAUCCCUGAAUUCAGAGUGAUAAUUUUAUAAGUGUGAAACUUAAUUAUGUAGGGCUCCCCCCAUCUGAAUAGAAUUAAUUCCUUAAAGUCUAGUUAGGGUCCUGCUGUCUGUCAUGUUGCCUUGUAACGGAUGUUUCCACCUCCUUCUCCAACCUCUACCCCACCAUUAGUGUAUUUUACUAUAAAAACAGUGGAACCACAGCCCUAAAGUCCUGCUGAUAUAAAGUCCUUUUGUCUUAAUUGUAUUUAAAAAAAAAAAAAAACUACUCUUGAUCACAUUAGCUAUGAGGCGAGGUCAAAUUCAGGUAUCUAAGACUAAUGAUUUUGUUUUGUCUUGAUCCCCAGAGAGCAAAUCAAAGAAAAAUUACAGCAAGAAGAGAAAAGUGGUUUAUCAUUGUGUGCUUUGGUUUUCUUAUUUUAAUUUUUUUUGUUUUUUUUUUUUGAGAUGGAGUCUCGCUCUGUCGCCUAGGCUGGAGUGCAGUGGCAUGAUCUUGGCUCAUUGCAAACUCUGCCUCCCGAGUUCAAGCGAUUCUCCUGCCUCAGCCUCCGGAGUAGCUGGGACCACAGGCAUUUGUUACCAUGCCCAGCUAAUUUUUUGUAUAUUUAGUAGAGAUGGGGUUUCACCGUGUUAGCCAGGAUGGUCUCAAUCUCCUGACCUUGUGCUCCGCCUGCCUCAGCCUCCCAAAGUGCUGGGAUUACAGGCGUGAGCCAUUGCGCCUGGCCUCUUAUUUUAAUUUUUAAAGACUACUUCAGUUGAUGCAGUUUCCCCAGAAACCUACAUAACAUAUAUUGGGAGCCUUAUGUUGAUAGGAAUCUGAUUCCCAUUCCUUUUUGGGAAUGAGUUGGGCAGCAUACAGGCACAGAAAGACAGAUGUUUGAGACCUUUGCUUCUGAGAUUUUAAAAAAUGAUUACCGCUGGGCGCGGUGGCUCACGCCUGUAAUCCCAGCACUUUGGGAGGCCGAGGCAGGCGGAUCACAAGGUCAAGAGAUCAAGACCAGCCUGACCAACAUGGAGAAACCUUGUCUCUACUAAAAAUAUAAAAUUAGCUGGGCGUGGUGGUGCAUCCCUGUAAUCCCAGCUACUCAUGAGGCUGAGGUGGGAGAAUCGCUUGAACCCAGGAGGUGGAGGUUGCGGUGAGCCGGAUCAUACCAAUGCACUCCAGUCUGGGCAACAAGAGCGAAACUCCAUCUCAAAAAAAAAAAAAAAUCCCCAACUCACUGCUUUUUUUGUUUGUUUCUGUCGCCUAGGCUGGAGUGCAGUGGCACGAUCUCAGCUCACCACAGCCUCGACCUCCCAGGCUCAAGUGAUCCUCCCACCUCAGCCUACCAAGUGGCUGGGACUACAGGCGUGUGCCACCAUGCCUGGGUAAUUUUUGUAUUUUUGUAGAGAUAGGGUUUUGCUGUGUUGCCCAGGCUGGUCUCAAACUCCUGGGCUCAAGUGAUCUGCCUGCCUCAACCUCUCAAAGUGCUCAACUCAUUGUUUACUGUCUUUUUUCCUAGUAAUCUUAAAAUAAUUUGCCUCACAGAAAUAGAGACAGUAAGUGUCUGCAGCCAGUUCACUGUUUUUGGUAAUUCAUUGGUCUUCAGGAGUUAAGAUUUUACAUUGUCACAUUUUAAUUUUUAAGCCUAUUUUUCAUCUCUGAAACUUUCCUUUUCUGCUUGGUUCUGGCUAUACUUGGACUCAAACUGAUCAGUGUGAUCAUGUCCAAAACAGCUUGGCCUGGAAGAGGUAGGCCUUAUUUUUUCAGCCUAGUAGUGUCCCAUGCACAUGCUCUUUGUAGCAUUCAAGUGUUUAACAUUGGAUAAAUUAAGAAGGUCAAGAAUGUUGUUGAAACUUCAAGGUCUCAAAAGGAAAUGAUGGGGACAUAGAACAACUGUUGGUGUACCAAAAAAAGGUACAGAGGGGCACCGUUUGUAUUGUCACACAACAAUGAUCAGAAUGAUCAGUUUAGAAUGAUCAGAACAAAAACACCACUCUUUAAUGGGUCUUUUUCUUGGCUAGAAGUCUUUCCUCAGUUUUUGUUGACUAUCAUACGCUGAUUUGUGGGUGACAGAAGGGGGCUAGAGAUAAUGUUUCUCUGUACUUUGGUAGAGGAUGAAGGAGUCAGAGAGGGAACAGAAAAAGUGAGAGAGUGGCCUGCUGAAAUAAUAGCCUGCCUCUAAAAGUUGUGACCAGAAAGUAUGAUUCAUUUGGGCCCAGAGGGAAUAAAAUAUGUUUUUUCAUAUACCUCCCAUA